AGCCGAGACAACAUCGCUAAGCUACCUAGAUACACUUUUGUGCACGGCUAAGCCGGCCGCUGGUACCGGACUUCCUUCUGAUAGAUCAGCAUUCCAGAGCGGUUUCACAGGUUCCCGUCUCAUCGUGUGGGAAAACGGGAAAACAGCUUUUUGCCUUCAGAGAUAGUCGUUCGAGAGCUGCAUGGCUCAGUGUUCAGUCCUCGGGAUGAGACCCACAACCAUGGCACGGGGAUGUGCUGGUCGGGGAUCGGAGGGCAGCCGCUUCGGCCAAGCCCUGGAUUUAAAACCUUUGGGGUCCGGAAGUUGUGUUUUGACCAGGCCCUAGACGAGUAUAGUGUGGCUGUGUGGAGCAUUCAAACUCAUCACAGGAGACGAGAGGGAGCCCAUUAUUGGGCCAUUUGCGCUCUCAUCAAUCGAGUCCCAGCGAGUCCCAUGUGCUGUGCUGUGCAAAAAGCGCGUUAAGCCGCCUUCAAUCGACGAAGCCGUGAGAAACUGGGUCCGGCCAACCGCAUCCCUGACGAGCCUGGCGUAGUGGACGGGAUUAUUGCAUGCAGCACCAGCAUCAGGAAGGUGGAGAAGAAAGUCCUCCUGGUCGAGCCUUGUCCUUGUCCUUGUUCCACAGGGGCGAACCAACUUCGGCUAUCUGCCGACACCUUCAUGGCAGAUACAACUGGUACCGUGGCCCUAAAUUCGACUGCCAUCCUCUAGUUCCUGCACACUCGCGGCGUUGAUAUUAUGAGACGGAACCCCUCUUCCCCUUUGUCCUCACGUCAGCCAUACCUGUGCUCACGAUGAAGCCCAAACCUACGCAUAGGUACAGGAUUUGUGGAACUCCGUCAAGGUUGGGGUGUCUCACUUGCAAAAUUCGGAGGGUCAAGUGUGGUGAGGAGAAGCCCUUUUGCAAACGAUGUACCUCUACGGGGAGGAAAUGCGAUGGAUAUGCUGCCCAGACUGGUCCCAAAGAUGCACCACCGAAACCAGCUGCACCCACCAGGACCCUCUCUGGCACUGAGGAUCCCAUGGAACAGAAGCUGCUGUAUUUCUUCAGUACAUAUACCGCGCCCAGCUUGUCCGGUUUCUUCUCGAGCGAUUUUUGGGAACGCAGGGUGGUACUGAGUAGUCAUGGAGAGCCUUCAAUCCGACACGCCGUUAUUGCAAUUGCAGCAAUGCACCAGGAAUUCAACGAGAGGCGGAGGUACGACGGAAUGGAAGACACAUCUAAUCUUCAAGCAUUUGCUUUUCGGCAAUAUACAAAGGCGAUCAGUAGUCUCCACCACUUAAUGACUACUCGUAUGCCUCCACUGGAUCUAACAUUAACAUCGUGUAUUUUGUUCGCUUCCAUUGAUUGUCUGCUCGGAAACCAUGCUUCAGCAAUAAUACACCUAAAGGCUGGGUUGAGGAUCUUAGCAGACAUCAAAUCACACAAAACGCAACGAGGCGUGCACGCCGAAGAAUGGGAGCGAGAAUUCGCUCCUCCACUCCUAGCCCUCGGGGUGCAAACAGCCACAUUUAUAAAUCCAGCUCUACAGAAAGAGCGCACAUCUCUCUGGAUAGCUCUGAAACGAGCCGGAAAUCUUCCAAUACCUACAACCUUCUACUCUCUCGACACAGCGCGACAUGCCAUAGAUACCAUAUCAGCGACCGUUAUGGCCGACCGCACCUCGACCGAAGUAAGUCCUAGCCUACUCGAGCACAAACCUCCAGAUCCUCUCGUGCAAGGCAGACUUCACAACGCUGCUCUCGAUUCCUGGACGCAAGCGAUGGAUAAAUUCACAUCGACCUUCGCCGUCGGCGAACCGCCACUAGGCAAGACGAGAUGCGGCGCGUCACUCCUGAAAGUACAUUCUCUGGUGGUUUCUAUUGUGAUUGGCAAACCAGAGGAGGCGGAAGCCAAGUUCGACCACCUCAUAACACUCUGUGACCUCCUCGACUCAGCAAGAGUCAACUCUGGUGCGGGGCUCACAUUCUCCACCGACCAGCGAGUCAUCGCACCUUUAUUUUUCACCGCAUUACGAGCUCCCAACCCGGUAACGAAACGACGGGCCAUCGAGCUUCUAUCACGAACCCCAGCACGAGAAGGCAUGUGGGAUGCCGAGGACGCGAUCCGUGUCGCGGAGGGUUCUCACAGCGACAUUCAAAACAUAGGUGGAUUUGUUCUGAACGCGAUACUGCCGGAUGUGAUUCCGCAAAGCGAGAUCAAGAUCUGGAAUGAUAUUGCGUCGCGCUUGAAGAGCCGUAUGACAUGGCCGUUUGGGGAGAGCGAUCCUGGUCAGAGUCCUUCGUCGAUAUCUUCUAUCACUUCGCCGACGCAGAGCGAAGCUGUUUAUACCCCUACUCAGUCGCAGCAGGAUUUCACGUCUCCUGCGCCGCCUGGGAUGCAGAAUUAUUAGGACCGCCUUGCCUUUUGCUGAGGGGUUUGUACAUGUACGUAAACGUAAUUAAUGAUAGCCAAAAGAUACCAAUUCAUGCUCCUCAU